GCCUCCGUAGCCAUUCUGGCUCAAGGGAUCGCGGCAAAGCUGCGGAUGCGCGUUUUGGAAUUCCCUCUAUCUCGUCGAACGACGGUCCAUCGUGCGCGCGCGGUCGGUCUCGGCUGACCUCGAAGGCAUUGCACACCCUUCAAGUCCGCGCGCGAGCUUUCUGGUGGGAUGUCCGCGUCGUCUCGCCUCGAGGCGGAGCAGCAAGAGUACGUCGCCACUCUUGCUGUUCGUGGCCUCAUAUCGUUAAGCUGCUGCAUGUUGGUAACACUUGCAUGGCUUGGUUAUGACGAUUGUAUAGCCUCGCUGUCCGCAAUGAAGAGAGCGUUUCAAGCGCCUUUCUCACUCCCUCAUGCUGGAUCGUCCUUCGAUGUCAGAGUUCUAGAUGAAUUCAACCAUGCAAGAGUGGCGAGAGCUCAGUACGCAGCGGAUGGAGUGCUUAUUCCCCUUUCGGCUGUAAUGUUGCCGCUGGUGAUAUGCCUGCAUGCUUCGAGUUCCACCGACUGGGAUGUUAUUUUCAGAGCAGCGUUCAUGUGCUGGCGUCUCGCUGCAACGUUGUACGUGAAGUACUGGAGAAAGUCGCCUAGAUUUCGCCUCGUGGAGAUGGAAUUGUUUUACAAAGCGUUCAUAUUGUUAUUUGCAGUUCGAACACACUUAGUGGACACACAGCGACUUCUAAUGUACGGCGGAGUCUGGAGUGCCUCACGAGUAGCGCUUGCGGCCUGGAUACUAGAUUGCAAGAUGACUGUGAGAUGGAACGCUUUCCUUUCUGCAGUGACUUGCCUCACCUUCUGGAACCGGCGCGAGGAGCUUUGCACCAAGGAAUUUCGUCCCAUGGCAGUUUUCGCGCAUUAUUUUGCCAUUGAGGUGUUCGUUUGUAUGGUGACAUGUUGUGCUUCAGUUUGCCUGGAGCUUGGCGAGAAGGAACGCAUCAAGUCAUCCAUAGAGUCCAACCAGUCUGGCAGGGCGUAUCGGGCAGUUCAAAGAUUGCUCGGUGUGUUUUGCGACGCUCACCUGCACAUCUGCCCACAAUAUAACAUCAUCUCUCAUUCCCCACACCUGUUGCACUUGUUGGGGGGCUCGGAAGAUGUGAUGGGAGGUGCGAAGAGCACGCUUCAUGCAUCGAAUUUCCUCCAGUACGUGGGGGAGUCCGACCGGCAGCGCUUCCAGGACUGGUUCUCGGCGACGGCGGUGGUGCAGGCAGAGGACUUCUCGCCCGACGGCGUCGCCGCCCCCAUGACCGAGGGCCCAAACUCGGACAGGUUCGCCACCCGUCCCGCCACAUCCAUCCACGUGUCCCUGCACAAGGGCGGGAAGGCGCACGCGAUCCCCGUGGAGCUGUUCCUGACCUACAUCGCCGACUUCACGGGCGCCCCCGAAUUCCUGAUGGGCAUCCGGGAGACCUGCGAGGCGCCGCCUCGGGAGGCCUGCACGGACGCCCCUGGCGCCGUGGCGCUGCAGCUGAUGGCAGCGUCCGAGGCGGCGUGCGGGUCCGGCCCCGACGUGGCUCAGGUCAGCGUUGCCCAGCUGGGCGGGAGGGCGUUGGCCCCGACAUUGGCGCCGCUGGCAGUCGAGCAGGUCCAGUCGCCCGCCUCGGUGCUGGCCCACUGGCAGCUGGCGUGCAGCAAGGCGCUCGCGGCGAAGGCCCAAUCCCGGAAGUCCCGCAGCUCCAUCUCGUCGUCUUCGAGGACGUCCUCCUCGUCCGCUGGGACCUCCACGCAAGAGGGCUGCGUCUCGGCCGUCUGCCUGCGGAUGGACACAUCAAGCCGGAGCCUGCGCGUCGAUGAAAUGUUGCUGCGCUUCGAGAUCGGGCGCCAGCAGUCCCGCCUGAAGGAUUGGCUGCCGAAGGAGCUUCUGGACGAGAUCACGCGAAACAUCCAGGAGCUCGUGAAUCAGAGAGAGUACGCGGAUGGCGAGGAGGCGGUGCCGUGCAUCGGACUUGGGGCGAUGCGGUUUGCCAGAAACGGAUCCACGUUCCUGAUUGCGGAGUCUGCGGAGCUUGUGUUUGAGCCCCCUGUCUUGGUCGAAGAAUCGGACUGUUUCAAUCCGUUCGUGCACAUGAACUUGACUGGGGUGUCGAGGCUUCGCAUGCCUUGGCAGAGCGUGCCGCAGAAGGUCUCGAGAAGUCUGCCCACGAUCGAUGAGUCACUGACGGAUGCGGCAUGUGAUGUCGACGCGCCUGCAUUCAGAUCAAGGACCAGUGGCUUGGAGAAGACUGCAGGGAGAGAGAGCGCCCAGAGCACAAUGGGGAACAGAUCAGUGGAAUCCACCCCUGGAGUUGUGGCCUCCGCCGCAAUUGCAUCAGAGAGGUGAGUUCUUCGGGAACUCGCAUGUUCCACUUCCAAGUUGUAUAAAGUUACGCCUCCUUCGCUUAUGGACCACAUGCAAAAAUGGGAACAGCCGCAGCAGAAUGACAGGGUCAAGGGGCGGCAGCUGACGUCGAGGCUUGAUGCGAGCCUCCAAUCUAUCUUUUGCAGCGCGCAGAUCUAGCAGUGCAGUCCAGCUUGCUCCUCGCGACGUGUCGCCGUUUCUCGCAAAGUCGCUGAGCGUCGUUAAAACACGUUAUGUGGCCGCGGAGGUUUGUUCUUGGCUAGUUGUCAUGAGGAGAACCGACGCACCAUCGCCUCACCAGUUUUGCUGACCACCCUUCGUUGCCAUUGUAGUACUGCUGCCCCCUUUCUGGGCAGCGCCUCGCGGUUGCCAAGCGCCAUGGCCCGAUGCGACACGCAAGUCGUUCGAUAUAUACUCUCACUGAAGGUGUCCUCUGACUGCGAGUACUGUACUAGCGGCGGUGAGGCCCAUACCCCGACCAGCAAUGGCCUAGAAAUAUUGCUUCUUAUUUAGAUGUGUCACGCAUACCUGCCCAUGUGACUGCGCAAGCGGCACGCCCCCCCCCUGGGAAGGACGCCACUCGUGCCCAAAGCACGCACACCCACUUGAGGUCCUCUUUCCCUCUGUUUCCUGCCUCUCCUUCUCCACGUGGUGCCGAUAUGACAUCAGACUGACGUCGUGCGAUCUGGCGGCGGCGUCUUGAAAGGGGUGUCUGCGCCAGUGCCGCACCAAAAGCCGACGUGUCGUUCUGCAGCUUCGCUUGCCCGCCCCAUCGAGCAGAUGCCGCACCGCACUUGCCGCCCUCCUCCCCUCCCUGCCGUCCGCGUUUCCUGUCGGGCUACUCGUCAGGCGACGGCCUGCAGGGGCGCUGAUUCGGCCGCGCGCGCGCCCGAUGGAUUUCCCAGAUGCGGGCAGAGGUGUGGAAGGCACGAGUUUCGUCAGUUGCCGAAGCCAUGUUCUGCGCGUGCCCGUUGCGUGCGCAAAGUAGAGUCUGAACGGUUCGGAUCAUCCUUGCCGCAUGCGAAGUCUUGCCAACCGGCGUGUGGUGUUGGGACCUCAUGUUAAAGAGAUUGCGCCCCACGUCCUUCACUCCUUCCUUCAUUCCUCUCGCUGCCCCCUCCUCCUUCCUCCCUUCCCUGCUUCUCCUCUC